UACAAAGACUUCCGUCUAUGUCCAGUAACAAAGCAGUACUCUGAUAUUCCAGUAGAACUAACUGACCUUCAAUCUCUCACCAUUAGUGGAUCGCUCUUUGGUUAUACAUUACAUCAUAGAAACAACUAAGGAGUGGUAGUUUGAAUCAGGGGGCAGGGCUUCAUUUCAUUCUUUCUGUUUCAUUUUCUUGUGAUCAACAAUGGCUGCUGCACAGCAGAGAGAAGAAUUUCUGGAGCAAGAGCCAUUCAGAAGGAAUGCUUUUCUGAUCAUCGAUAAAAUGGUGAAGCUGAAUUCAGAACAUGCUAACAUACCGUUAGUGGAUGAGAUUCUUCACAGCAUCUUCUUUUUGGGAAAGAUCAACAAGAUACCAUUUUCCCCAGAAGAUAUUCUGAGUGAUGACGAAGACUUGCUUAAUGCGUUGAAGGACCUCUACCCUCAGCCUUUUAAACUCUAUUACGCUCAACUACCCAGGCGGAGUCCAUUUUCAUGUGUGCUAGACAUGAUUGUCUACCUGACAAGACAGACUCAUCAAGGGAAAAGACAAGAACAAGAGAUUGAAAAAGAAAUAAUAGAAAAGCUGCGCCAGCUCAUCGGUGAACUAGAGCUUGGUAAAAACGAGCCUCUGGUCUCCUCCACUAUCUGUGUCUCUCACAGCCCCAUCACCCCAAAUGCAGUCAGGUACUACGGAGUCUCCAUGUCCACCUCUGGCCGUAAUCCCGGGAAAAUCCUGAUUGCUGCAUCCUGUUUUAGCAGCUGGGACAGUUAUGUAGCUGGUGCAGUGAUGACCUACUAUCCAAAUAAGGUCAAGAGGGAAUAUUUUGAUGGAACCAUCAUACUUCCAGAGCAGCAUGUCAGGUGCCAGGCGUUUAACCUCUUUGAAGAAAGAGACAAGCCCCCUUGUAGAUCAUGCGGGAAUUUGUUUGGUUUGACAACAAAUGAAAAAAAGGAAUGGCCCUAUGGCAACUGUGCAGAAGCUGAAAGUGUGAGCAACUUGCUUACAAAUGUGGUAGAAAUUAGAGAGCAAGCCCGACCAAAAGCUGAGACGUGCACAGAGGAGAACAGGAAGAGAGCUGAAGGGAGUGUCAGGAAAGAGCUUGAAGGUUUUGUGCGCACGGAGAGAUUUAAAUGGGGUGGUCAAUUCUACACCCCACAAAGAGUUUGACCUAAAAAGGGGAAACAUUAAUUGGUAUUAAAUAUUGAUAAGUACAAUUCUCAUGGUCCUUCAUUAUAAAGUAACCAGAUCUCUUUUGAUAUGAUUCUUUAUCAGUAAAAACUUAAAAAAAGAAACUGACUUAACUGACACUGUUAACCUCUGGGAACUGAAGUUACUUCUUAUUUGGACAUGUAAAUCAUGUGAUCAGAGCUGUCGGAUAUCAUCCUUUAUCAUGGCAAACUGUUAAUGCUCCAGCUACUACUGUAACAAUAAAGAUAUCAGUGCAUUCAUGGCAUGAAUUGUAAACAAACUGUUUAAAUGAACACUGCAGAAGAUGCAAAGUUGCUAAAUGUAUCGUUCGCAAUAAAAUUACGGUGAUGAAAAAUUA